AUGUUGGCCUUUCAUUUAGACAUCACAUUGUUGUGUCUAUAUGUACACGUCGGGUUAUUUUGUGACUAAGGAUCGCUUAGGCUACAACACGAAAUAGGACGGAAUUUUGUUGUCGCAAGCAGAUAUAGUGUACACUGUGGCGGCAGAUUCCUUUAACUGUAUUCCGCCGGAUUCCAAUGCCCAGGAUUCCAGAUUCCACAAACAAAGAUUUCACGGAUUUCGGAACCCGGAUUAUCCUUUCCAUGGGGAGAUAAUUAUCUGAUCGUCUCUUAGGUCCUACAUUUCUUAGCCGUGGACUCUUUCCGUUUCGUAUUUGUAGGGCUCUAUGUGGCCGAUGCAAUUUGGUCUUGCAUGCUGUGCCGUUGAAAUGAUGCAGUUUGCUGCACCAAGGUAAAAAAUUAUAAAAUACACAGGAAUCCCAGCCAUACGACCCGCCCGUUAUUUCGACGAUUGGCUUGUCAAAGCCUAGUUAUUCAUUCCUUGACGGUAACCUCGCUGUUGUGAACAGAACACCUCGUUCUUCGACCAAUCAUCACCAUUUGAAUUCUCCUGUGGUUAUCUUGUCGUGGAUAAGACCCGGCAGUGGAGCGCCAUGUCUGGUGAUGUCGGAUAGAGAAUAGCCUGCGAAGGGGAAAAAUCAGAUCCCCACCCUGGGCUUCUCCUUCUCCUUUUGACGCCUGCCAUGCAGGCUAGAUAGGGAGCAGGAAGCAGUCAGUGAAACACUUUCUUUUGUCAGGGUUAAAAGUGUGUGAUUAAGAGUCAGCCGAUUUGGGAUUUCCAUCAAAUACCACAAGAUUUUCGUUCAAUCUUUUGAUCUUCUCUUUCAGAGGCAAAUGGCUUUUUCUGUGGCAUGAAUUUUUGCGUAAAUGUCUUUUGAUUCCUUUUUUUCAGAUAUGACAUGGAUAGGUUUGGUGUUGUCUUUCGAGCAAGUCCCGUAAGUUGCUUAAGUUUCAAAUUUUUCUUUCACUGUUCUUGUCAUUGAAACAUUAAAUCUAGUGGUCUGAUAUCCAGAGGAAAAUAUAGUUUCUUUGACUAAGACUCUUCUGGUCAUAAUUACCCUAAAGACAACAAGUACCCGUAAUUAAUACACACUGCACCAUAUUGCAAAUCACUUUGUCUGUUUUCGAAAAGCUUUUGGGAUAUCGAACGGAAACUUGCGUCUAUUGAACUCAUUGUUUCCUCAUAUACUUACGAUCAGUUUUUUUCUGCUUUUUUCAGCGCCAAGCUGAUGUAAUGAUUGUUGCUGGAACUCUGACCAACAAGAUGGCUCCAGCUUUGAGAAAGGUGGGAGGGUGCAAUGCACUCGACAGGACCUUGACUGUCGCAAUUUGUAAUAAUCGUCGUGCUGUGGAAACGACCUGUCGCAAUUUUUAAUAAACCAUGUAGCAUUUUGCAGUAAGAGAGCUGUUGCGAUUUGUAACAAACUAAGCUCUCGCAAUUUGUGAUAUUUCCAUCGUACUUUGUAAUGCCUGUCGCAAUUUGUAAUAUACCGUUUAGCACUUUAUAAUAAGAAAGCUGUCGUAUUCAUAGAGAUUGAGAUCCUGUUAAGGUGAACAUGCCUUGAAGCAAUGAUACAAGACAGCUAAAAUGCCUUAUGGCGACAAAGAAAAAAAGAGGUGGGUUGAAAAUAUGACAGCGACCAAGAAAAGCGUAAGUACAACCUUGCUAGAGAUCCACACGUGAGCCACGCAAGACGCGUAUUCUGAAAAAAAAAAAAAUAAACAAUAAACAAAUUUAAUCGUCUGUCGUUAUCUUAAUUUAAGUGUAGGUUUAAUCGUUUUCCUGUGAUUCUUUUUUUUAUAUAUAGUUGUAUGACCAGAUGCCUGAACCACGCUGGGUGAUAUCCAUGGGAAGGUAAGUUGUGCAAGAGAAUCGAACUGACUGCUCUUAACAUGCCUAACGACAAAUUGUUAAAAACAAUAAAAUAAAUAUAUAAAUAAAUGGACAAAUAAAUAAAUAAAUAAAUAUCAUUACUCCAGUGCUCCUUUCACUCUUAAAAGUUCCGUAAUAUAUUCAACUAAUCCUAAUUUUCUCUUUGUGAGUAUAUUCUCGUGAGUCUGAAUAGUCACUACAAGUAUUCCACUGGCACAAAGGCAGACGGAAUCUCAAGAAUUCGUAGGCAAAUUCAGUUCAUCUUCAAAAAGAUCAGACAAUUCACAAACGAAGUGAAUCAAACUGAAUCCUGUAAAUGACCCUGUUGAGUUUUAGAUCUGAUCUGAGUUUUGAAUAGUUUCGUUAAAAAUGUGAAGUAACAGAAGCAAUUUGCUUUUCUUUUCCACUUUUAGUGAAGACCGAGAAGGGGAGCCAUACGCUUUGUUUGGUGCAAAAAAUCAAAAGGCACCGGUUGAAGUAAUUUUAAUCUAUCCCCUGUUUUAUCAUCAGCUGUGCAAAUGGUGGCGGCUACUAUCACUACUCCUACUCAGUAGUUCGAGGUUGUGACAGGAUCAUUCCAGUGGAUAUCUAUGUACCGGGCUGUCCUCCUACUGCUGAGGCUCUGCUCUAUGGUGUCCUGCAGCUGCAGAAAAAGAUUCGACGCAGCCAUCCCAUCCGCAUGUGGUACCGGAAGUAACUUAAGUACGUGUGCAUAUCCAGUAACGUUUACCUGAAUUCUUUGGUGUUAACUUCCUCUCAUUAUAAGGGAGCUUAAGCAUCAACGACGACGGCGAGGGCAACGAGAAAGGCAAACAAGCAAUAGUUUUAGAUUAGCAAAACAACAACUUUGCACUUGCAUCACCGCGCUUUUUUGUUGCACAUUUCUUUGCCGUCCUUACACGACUGCGACUUGAAACUUCCUGAUUACACGUGUUAUGGAGGACGUAAAUGCAAGACAACGAUUUUCCUUUUCCUGUUUCUGAUCUUGGAUAAAGUCAUUCAGGAUUAUCUCCAGAAAAAUCGCCCACAAAUUGAACAAGGUAGAAUUGUAGCGAUGAAGUUUGAAACAGCGCGAAUUCAAUUUCCAAGUGACGUUUUCGCUACCGUUGUCGUCGUGUUAUUUUCUCAAGCUCCCUAUUAUUUCUUAGUCUGGGAAAAAAGUGUCCAAUUUUGGGUUCGUGUAUAGGGAAUACAAAUACAUUAGAGAUACGCCGGUGGCCAGGGCUUAGAAUGGACCCAACAGUGCCACCUUUGUGUGGACCAGUCCUCAGUUCACGCACUAUAGUCAUGUAUCUCGGAUACCGGACUCUUGAAAACAAUCAACCUGGAAAUGGGGUUGUAACCUAGUGACAGUCUCGGGCGAGUUUAACAUUAUUGCGUCAAGAAAGCAAUAAUAAAUUUUUCUUCUUUUCUUGAUAAAGUAUUUGAGGAAGAGCUCUGUUUACUUUUUCAGGUUAUCUGUCGAGGAUGGCCCCUGUCAUAAGUUGCAAGAACUUUUAGGUUUAGCUGUAGCUUAGCUUUUUGGGAGUAACGUAUCCACGAAGAAUACUCCAAAUAACUGUGGCUGCCCUAAUUCAAGACCUUUUCAAACGAAAAACACCGACGGAUUAAGUUUGUGAGUCCCACACUCUUUUAAAACAAGCGUUGUUAACGUUGUUCAAGUGUAAUAACUACGACAUUUUCCCGCUAUUAGACUGCACUGUUUUUUUUCCGAUGACGAUGAAAAAAACCCUGGUAUUUUGACAGAAAAGUCCGAAAUUUGAACAAAUUGUUAGGGAAUGGCCACUGAUUGAAUAAUUCCCGCAGACUUCAAACUGAGUCUGUCAUCAUUAUUUGUUGUCAUUAGUAAUUGUUUUUACCUGUUUAUUAGUUUCCAGUCUUUUUCUAGAUGUUUAAAUUUCACUGUAAUCUUUUUAACCGUCACCUCUGAAGAUUUGUUGUUACAUACGAAACGUCAAGUCUUUAAAAUCUUAUUUUUUUGCAUGCACCAUGCAUUGUUUCAUCAUGUCAUUACCGCAGUUUGUAUUCUAUUUUUACUGAUUGAGAAGUUGUUACUAACAGUUACUGCUAUAAGAUGAAAUUAAAUAACGUCUUCUCUUAAAAAUGUCUGCUUCAGUCUCCGAGUUCUGAAAGCCCGCCUAAUACGGACACCCGGAUAAUACGGACACUAUGGCAUGUCCCCUUAGUGUCUGUAUUAACCGGGUUCCACUGUACAUGGAAGUUGCUCUCUCCGGGUUUCUGGCCCUUUGCAACCCACCAGUUCCUGAACUAAGACUAUGAGCUGAUAUCAGCUUAGGAUUGCGGACAGUAUAGCCAUCAACCCAGACAUGGUCCGUGGCCCAAACUAGAACUUUAAACCCUGACUCAUUAUGACAGGAGUUUAAGCCUUUUAGCGUUCUCACAGUGGGAACAGUAGCGGAGAAUAGGAGAGGGCUCAUUCGCCCCCCUUUAUAAACUGCGACCAGGCGUUCUUCAUCAUGUGUUUGUUUGUUUGUUUGUUUUUUUCGGGAUAGUACGAAAAUCUGCCAGAAAGCAAAGGGCACCUCCCAAAAUAAAAGGGAAGAAGGACCCACCUGAUUAGCCUGCGAGCAAGCUCUCCAUUUGGGGAAGUCGCGAGAAGUCACGUGAGAGUAACACGCGAAAGGAGACGCGAGUUGCUAUCAGGCUAAAGCAGGCUAUACCCGAUCGCAGGUUACUGCAAUGCCGCCUCCAUUAACGUCUAAGCUUCACUGCGAGUUUGCCUUGCUAUUGAUGAGCGUUCUCAUCAUCUAUUUCUUGUUCAUGGGGACCGUAGCUUUAUAACCUGCCUGAAAUCAAAUUUCCGGUUUUUCCGACUCUGAUUUCGAAAAUUUUCCCCAGUCGGCGACUUCCGGCGACCAUAGUGCCCAGCCUUCUCGAAACUUUACUUCGAAUCGAGGCUAUUAUGUAAGAUCCAACAUGGCGGUUGCACUGUGUAAAGGUGAGUAGUAUUGGAUUGUUCUUUCUCAAUUGAAAUUGGGCUAGUUUGCUCUUAAAAUACAUCGAAGCAACGUUUUGGUGUUAGCCCAAUUACUUUCUUAUCACUCGUAUUGAUACUCAUAAAGUGGUAGCUUUGAUCUUUCAGUGGCAAAAUUUUCCGGCAAUAUUAAGGCCUUAGCUUCUGUUGACGUAUUAAAAAGCUGACAUGCUUUGUUUCUGUAUUUAAUACGUGCAUUUAUACUUGAUUGUGAACACGAGUUACAAAAAUGCCUGCUUGGUAAUGGUCUUUGUGGGAGCCAUCAGACAUCCUUUUUGCUUUGCUUAUAUUUACCCGUGUACAAUAAAGACAGAUAGAUUGGAGACAGCCAACCCGGCGAAUUUCAUUUCAUUUAUAUAUCGAUAAACUUCAGAAUACCUGGCCACUUAUUUUGCAUUUUGUUGAAUGGUGAACGUGCCUUCUGAAAACAAUUUUUUUUGAAAAACCGAUAAAAUUUGACGAUCAAUCUUUUUUUUUUGUCGAUUUUAAUUUCUUAGUGGUUGUGCAUGUUUUUCAAGGGAUUAAUGUUUGUUGAUUUAUGUUGUACAUCCCAGUGGCAGUAAAAUGUAUAUCUAUGUUUGUACUUUGAUUUUUCUGUUAAUGAUUUAUGAACGUGCACAUUCACUAAAUUUUCCACAGCAGCAAUAACUAUCAAUAAUUAUUUACAGUUAACUCCCUAUAUAGUGGACACUGUUGGGACCUCGAGUUGUUGUCCCUGUAAAAGCAGGAAAUUUAUUUCAGUCAAAUGUCUGUAAAUUAAUUUUGCCUGGGAUUUAGCUGCAGUCAGUAUUAGUGAGGUGUCUGCAAUGUGAGAGUUGACUAUUUUAUAGCUCAGUCAAUUCAAAGCAUUCCUGACACUCAAUCUCCCCUUGUUCCCUUGGCAUUAAUUUGUUGAGAACUUGUUGUUUUUUGGACAUCUGAAAUUCCCCACAGUGGGGCCAGCAGAUUUCCGCAAAUGUCCCGUCUUGGAUACAAGGCAAAAAUUAAAGAAAUUUCUGAGAGAAGCCUAAGAUGUAAAUCUAUGCUGUAUGUAAAUGAAAAUAAAUUUAGAGUGAUCUCAACUCAUAGUCCAUUAUGUGCCUUGAAAUUCUGUGAAGUUCAACUAAAAACUCAAGGCUUUAAAAGUCCUGGAAAUCCUUGGCUCAUUUGUAAAACCACAGUUUCAAGAAGGUAAUACGACAGUCACUGGUUUUCAAUUUUCAGCCACCUUAUUUUGCCAGAAAGAAAAUGUUUUCAAGCUAUAGAUGCAUGUAUAUCCUAAAUUAGUGUAGUAACAAAUUUGGUGAGGAAGAUUGAGAGUUUUAGUACAGUGUAGAUCUCCACACGCUUAUUAAUAUUGUUAUUGUUGCAGGUCGCAGUGCCUUGCCAGCAAUAAGUCGUGGAAUUUUUAACAACUUGAUUGUCUGGAGGGCAGGUCCUCAAGGGUAAGUGAAAGUGGAGCUCAGUUAUCCUUAACAAAAGAACUCCAGAACAGAAUUAGUUACACUAUUAAAUUACAUGUAAAUUGUAUAUAUUUUAAAAGUAUAAUAUUGAAGCAAAUUGAUUGCUUUUGUGGCCAAGUGAAUUGUCUGUGGUUACCUUCAGCCGUGUAUGGGUCUUGCCUUUGGUUGUACAUGUACUUACCAUUUUUCUUGCUUCUUUAGACUCGUGGCUGUGAGUAAGAAUCAGAGCACUGCGGCAGCUGCACCAGCAAAAGGACGUCUGGACAAUGCUGCAGGUUUGUAUGCCUUGUAGAAUUCUUCUGUUUACAUUUUGAUUUGAUUAAAUAUUUUGUUUCUUUAAACAUGUGACAUGUAGCACUGAAAAAUUAAUCAUUCCAAUUCUGUUCUUGCAGAAUUUGUUGUUGCCAAAAUUGAUGAUAUAGUCAACUGGGCACGCAGGGUAAGGAAACAUGUACAGUAGAUAAUGUAUGUACAGUAAGAACCCGCAAGUAUUAAAGAACCUGCAUUUUCCCAAGUUAGCCUAUACAGGCUCUUACAUAAAUGGCAAUUAGCUCAAAUUUAAGCUUUUUAAGUUCUUAAAUGGGUUCUUAUUUUUCUUAAGUAAACAUACAUUGUAACUUAGGUGGUAUUACAUUAAUAACAAUUUAUUUGAUUUGAUUUUCAACAAUGUUGGCAUUUGCAUGGCAUUUGGAGUGAUAAGGCACCUAUGUCUAUAAAGAUGAUCCUGAAUGUUGAGUUACCAAUAUUUGCCCAAGUGUACAGAAUUUUUUUCAUAGGUGUUAGAAAAUAAGAAUUUGUUUCAAAUUUUAUUUUAAACAGGUUCUUGUUUUAAGGGGGCUUAACUGGCAAAUUCUAUCCUUACAGGCUCUUAAAAACCAGUUUCUUACUUGCUGUUUUUUUCUGUUUAACUCAGACCUGUCAUAUUUUUUCAGUCUGAUCAUGCUACCAGUACUUGAAUGGAGAAUUAGGUCUCUGAAGUACCAAAUAAAACAGGCAUAAUCAUUGUCUUUUGACAACUGUAACAUUAUUCAACUUUUCUCAAUUUUGAAUACCCCCUAAACUAUACACGUAGGUAGAAGAAAAACCCUGGAAUGUUGUUUGUCCUAUUACCAGGGCUCGAAAUAAGUCCUUUCCAGUAGUCAGGGACAAGUAGAUUUUUUUGCUGGGGAAGUAACUUUUUAAAAGCUUACUUGCUGCCAACUGGGCAAGGGUGGUCCAGGCAGGUCAUCCUCUGACAACAUCAUUAAUUAAGACAAGCAAGCAGUGGCCCCGGACAAGUAAAAUGUGAUAGCUGCUUUGCCAAAGGACAAGUUGGAAGUCAAGUUUUUUUUACAAGCCCUGUAUUGUGUCUCUUCCAUAUCACACACAGAAUUUGUGUUUUAUAAUAUUUCUAAUUCUACAUAAUGUAAUUGUGUAAUCCCAUCACAGCAAAUGUGACAGGAGAUUUUCUUUUGGCAGGGCUCUUUGUGGCCAAUGACAUUUGGUCUGGCAUGUUGUGCUGUUGAAAUGAUGCACUUUGCUGCUCCAAGGUAGGGUUUCAAUGUCAUACAUGUACAUGUAGAUCUAUGCAUGGACAAAAUAGCAAAGCAUGGACCACUGAUUCAUACUCAUACCUUUUUUAAACCCUCUAACAAGACAACUGUUGUGUCUCUCACUCGAAUUCUGUGUCUUGAGAUGAGUUCCAACUGGCCAGAGAGUGGUAGCUUACUUUUGAGUGCUACUGUAAGCUCACUUCAGUUUUGCAGUUAUUUCAAAAGCCUAAGAAUGAGAAAAUUAGUUUUUCAUUGAAGAUAAUUAUUGAACUGAUAGGAUCAAGCUCCAACCAAAUUUCUCAAGUUAUUUUAAUUCUUAACAACUCAAGUUUCUGAGAUUGCUUUUCAUGGCACUAAAACCUUGAUGCACAGAAUGCAAGAGUAUAGUUCUCACCUUCGGGAUUGUUCCAUAAGAAUUCACCAAUAUGUUUAUGUGUUUCAAUUUUUCUCUUUGUUUUCAGGUAUGACAUGGAUAGGUUUGGUGUCGUCUUCCGUGCAAGUCCAGUAAGUAUUUUAAAGUUCAUACACAUGAGGCUCUCAAUUAGAUCUUAAUAAAUGAAUAAAGGUUAAUACUUACUUUAUGGCUGGGUGGUUUUUCUUUUAGCAGCCAUUUUGAAUUUUGUAGACAGCUUGUGCAAGGUCUGGGAGGCCUCAAAAUCCUUAAGAGGUAUGCUUGCUUGCCAUACCAAGAAGCUUCCAAAGAUUUUUGGGAAUAUCCAACUAUCCCGGACGCCCAAGAUUGCUUGGUCCCAGAACUCAUGCCAGCUGACUGCAAAUUCAAAAUGGCCACCAAAAGAAAACAUGCCCACACAUUGCAAUGAAAGUAAUCUUUAAUCAUUUAUUGUAAUCUAAUUGGACUUAAGAACCCCCUGUGGUCACACACUUUCUCAAGAGAAUAAUCAUUCAGAUGAUCAGACAGGGGAAGUUUGUCAAAACAUUAUAAGACUUAAAAGAUGUAAAAGUCUAUUUCUGAUACUCUUAGUCCCAUAUAUAACCUUCAUCGCAGGAAAUAAAAGUAUCACUGAUUAUCAGCUUUUACUGCUGUUCCUGAUAUCGUACAGUUACUUGCACCCAGCAUGUCUUUAUAGACAUAAUGCUUUUGAUAUUUUUCUGCUUUGUUCAGCGUCAAGCUGAUGUAAUGAUUGUUGCUGGAACUUUGACCAACAAGAUGGCUCCAGCUUUGAGAAAGGUAAAACAAAGGCAGUAUGUUGUUGCGAUUAUUCUAAGAACAGUUUGCCCUGAGGCAAACAUAACAUACUUUUGGAGUUAAAGCCCUCUUGAUAGAUGGACAGCUAAACUUGCUGGUUACUGGUGGCUGUUUUUAGGAUCAUCCCUGUACAAUGAAACUGGCCAGCUCCUAUGACAGGCAGCUUUUCUGCUUUGUCAGGGGAUCUGACAUGGUUGCCACAGGUCAGGAAAUAGUCUGGGAAUUUCACUUCAAGCCAGGGAAAAGUUAAUCUUUGAAAGAAGUCAGGGAAAAGUAGAAUUUUGAGAGUAUAUAUUUAUUCUUUUCCUUCUACUUUACUGUUUUCUAACAUUAAAAAUUCUUUUGUAAAUUUAUGGACAUGAAUAGUUUGAAGUUGGUGGAAUAUUGUGCAUGAAAUUGAACCACAAGCUGAUGUUGACUUUUCAAGAAGAUCAAUUUUUUUGCAUGUUAUGUUAACUGACAAACUAUUAUUCAUGUACACUACACGUUGCUCAGGGUGGAGGGGAUGGCUGUGAGGAUGGCUGUGAGGGAAGAGUUGAGUCUAUUAUCAGGCCUAAUAAUUUGUGAAAUUGUUAAUUCAGUUGGUCAGGGAAAUUUUACAUUUGUCAGGAAAAAGUCAGGGAAUUUCAGAAACCACUGGCUGUGGCAACCAUGUCUGAUGAGAGGUAUUUACACUGUCGGUGUGGGGUUAGAUCUUAUAUUCAAUAUUUUGAAAAAAACAACAACAACAACAACAAAUCCAGACAUACAUGAAGGCGUAGCACACUAACCUGUAACCGAUUCAUUUUUAAUGGUAAGAAGGGAAAAUUUCACAGCAAUGAUUCAAGCAUUAAUUUUCCCUGGGGUGAUCAUUUUAUUAAUUCUCGUAACCUUUUCUCUUGGACACAUAUUGAUAUUGUUAGGAGAAAAUUGAUGUUGGUCUUUAUUGGAAGUUAAAGGGUUAAACCAAUUUGUUUUGUCCAAGGUGGCUGAAAAAAUCGGGAUUCCACUGUAUUAUUGCCCACAGACUUAAACAUUAGAGUGGCAAAUAAUCUAAAUUCCAUACAUGGUUUAGGAGAGAAUAGGACAAGUAAAAUAAUAUUUUACCAGUACUUACAUGUAGUUACUGUUAGUUAUUUAAGUUGUUUUUCUGAUUGAAUUUUGUUGUUAGGUGUAUGACCAGAUGCCUGAACCACGCUGGGUGAUAUCCAUGGGAAGGUGGGUUAGGUUUUAAGAUCUUGUAUGGCCCUUGCUGUGCUAUUACAUGUAAUCUUAUGUGCCUUUUGCAUUUUGGACAAUUGUGAAAAUAUUUUUAAAAAAUUCAAUAAUUUCAUUAAAAAAUUAACAUUAUGAAAAUUCCGCAAUUAUUAAAAUUAUUAAAAUUCUUUAAUCCCCAAUGUCCACAUAUAGACUCUCCAGAUUGACCUAUAUUCCUUCCUAAUUCCUUGCAAGCGAGAUUUGGAUUAAAGAUCAAAGCAUUCUCCCUGUUUUUUUUUAACUAAUUCUCAUAAUAGUUUAUCUUGAUGAUGUAUGUAUGUUGGUAGGAGAAAAUUAAUGUUGAUAACUCUUAGGAAGGUUAAUAGAAAAGUAGCUUUUCCUGUUCACACCACCGAAUUUUCCAAGAGAACAGCUGUUUCUCCGAUAACCUAAACUUAUAGUAGCAAAGAGAAAAUUUCCCAGCGUGUGAUGAAGGGUGCAGUAAAUAAAAGACAAAAUGAGAAAAUUAAUAGCAGGCGUGAAUAGAGCUAAAUUUUAUCCCCUGUUUUAUCAUCAGCUGUGCAAAUGGUGGUGGCUACUAUCACUACUCCUAUUCAGUAGUUCGUGGCUGUGACAGGAUCAUUCCAGUGGAUAUCUAUGUACCAGGCUGUCCUCCUACUGCUGAGGCUCUGCUCUAUGGUGUCCUGCAGCUCCAGAAAAAGAUUCGACGCAGUCAACCCAUCCGCAUGUGGUACCGGAAGUGACGUAAGUGCUUAAGUUGACUCCAUGCUCAAAACUCGAUUCUCGAAACUCGAAGCUAUGCGCCGCGAACAUUGCGGAUUCUUAAGUCUAGAGUUUUGUGUUUUUGAGAAGCAAGUGUUCUACUAGAAAGGCAAAGCGACAAUUAUUUUCGUAGAUCUAGCCUUUCCCACACCAUUUCAGAAAUUCGACUUUGAUGGUGUCGUACAAUUCAAGGCUAAUCAGGCUCGUGAUUUCAAAUCGAAAUUACUAGCCCGAUUACUCCCUGAAUUGUACUCCACUCAGUCCUAUUACCAUUACAAAACGGACACCUAGAGUUGGUGAUAUUCUCUGACUUUCUUUAAGGUGGACUCUCUAAGAUGAAGGCUUUGUGCCGGUCCAAGAGAGAGUUGCCGACAAAUGAGCAUUUAAAAGAUAGAGGCCAGAGCCAGAGAUGAAAAUAGUCAUUAGGUCGUAGUUAUGAUUAGGCACCGUUUUUCAGGGUGGGCGUUAAAUCUCGCACGUCGUCUGGUGGAAUAGAGGGAAGUUUUUGUGAAUUGUGUGAGUAACAAUUAUGUCAACGUCAGAGUAUAAGCCUCAUUCCCAAACCGUUUACAAGCAUCACCUCAAAAUAAUGAAAGGAUGUAUUACCUGUACUCAACCUUCUCAGCUGGUGGUUUCGUUUGGUGCGCGGCGAAGGAAAUUUCUUCGCGUCAAUGGACAAAUUCGUGGGAAAAGCAAACGAAACUGGAAACUCGAAAUUGUGUUUCCAUCCGAAUGAUUCGCAUAGAUUUGAAUUCUCCCUUUUUACAGUUGUUUUGGUGCAUAAAUAUUUACAGUCGAAGAAUGGCAGGAAUCUUGGUAGAAGUCGUGAUCUUCGCCAUGGGAAGUGUGCGAUAAGCUAGAAUAAAAAUCAGCAUGCGGCUUAUCCAUUUGUGACCAUUUCCUUACCCUUGGCGUUCAUUGUAAUGUCAAGGUACCGUCCCACGCAAACUUGUUUCCAGGUUCCCUCUCUUUUUCUUCAAGGAAGAGAGAGUACCCUGGGCAAUCAAGUUUGACGUUAUUAUUAUUUCUGUUGGUUUGUCUCACGUAGACAACUUAUGUUCAGCAAUAUUUUGGGGAUUUGAAAGCGGUUAAUCAAAUAUAGUGCCAUUCUGUUUGUAAGAGAAUGUUUUAUGUUGAAAUUAUCGCGUGAAAUAGUUCGGUCUUCACAACCUGAAAACGCUUACAUGUACAUAGUUUCUUCGGGUCAGUUGUUCUUGUUCCGUUUUCUAAGCUACCAGCAGUCCCUGUUUUUUCUUAGUCUGUCGAGCGAAAUGCGCGAGACACAAAAUUGACCACGCACGUGACUGAAGGCGCGAGCGUGGCCAGAAUCCUCUCAAUAAAUGUGAAGAAAGACUAGAGAGACUGCAUGCACCUGUUGUCCCCUUUCCCUCUCUCAAAGAAUCAACUCUGUCACUCCUGUACGAAAAAUACCAAGCAACAGUCUGCUACAAGUGAAAGCAAAAUUCCCGAAGUUCUGUUGAAGAUGUUGAAUUUGAUUUGUCGCGCCACAGGAUUUAUAAUGAUGCUGUCUUUAAACUCAAACGUUGCAGCAAAUUUGUUCUGCAAACAUGUGACCGAGUUUGCGGGCGUUAUGCUGGGAUCAAAACUGCUCGUAAAAAUUGCUUACCCUGCUAAAAAUCUGGUCGGCAGAAUUGUUCAAUCUUGGCACGCGUAUAUGAGGCGGGACUAGUUCAAAGAAAUUGUGCUAUGUAUAGCAAGCCCUAAACAAAGAAUAAUUGUAAGCUAAUUCCUUUUAUUUCUUUUCAUUUUCUUUUACAGAAAGGACGUUCUGCUUCUUGCUCUUUAUUGAAUCAGCCGAAUCUUUUCUUUCAUUGUAAAUACAAGUUCCUUGCGUGGAUUUCUUUUGUGAGAGAGAUCAAAACUAAGCUUGAAUGGCUUUGUGAAUCAUCGCUAGGGUAAUUUAUCAGUGUUUUUCUUGAUGAUUGUUUAUCUUUGUGGUAACGGGUCAAAACAGGAUUAUUUUUUUGAUAUUAGUAAGACACGAAACGCUGUAUCAGAAUAUAGCAUUUUACGUGUAUGACAUUGGCAAUCAAAAGUUUCUACAACAAAUGCUCGUGCUAUCUGUUAUGUGGUAAUCAAGCAAACUAAAAAAUAAAAACAUUUUUAAAAAUACACGGUAUUUUGCUGAUCAGCAAUUUGUUUUUUUAAAAACUCUUGUGUGCUCUUGCAAAGCUGAAUGGAGUUUUCCUUUCACAUUUUGGCCCUCAAUUUCUUUCUUUGUUUUAUACUGCUUCAGCGUCAUCUCCCUCGUGAAU